GGCACUAGGUGUUUGUCUCUAACGUAUUGCAGUUGCCCUUUUUUCUUGCAGUCAUGGACAUGCACUGUACGUUGCAAUCCAUCACAAGACACGGAACAGAAAAGAAAAGAUCGUUGACACCCAAGAAACCGACUGGGUUGUCCACACCAUGAAGAUGAAUCGAUAUAAUCGACAUUACGCAUCUCUCAACUCAUCGGGCAGUGGUUCUCUGUUAGCAAAAACUUGCCCUUCUCCCUGCAUGCACACCAAAAUAAAGAAUGUGUGUACGGGUGAUGCAUAGGCACGUCACGUCGAUCCAUGGGCUCAGCUCACCUCAAGUACGUGAUAACUCUGUCGAGGCCGCACUCGAGCUGAUAGUCGCACCUUGAGCUGGAGCGGCUUCCAAUUGUAGAUAAACUGACCCACACAAAGGAACAGAGACACAGGUCAUGUCGACGCAUGGAUGAAGCCAGCUGAUCCAUACUACCUUGACGACGUGGCCUGAUGGAUGGCUGGGGUCCCUCCAAAGCUCCAAAAACAAAGUCUGAGAGCAUGCAGAGGCAUGUUGGAACAAUUGCCAUUCUCUCGCAGCUUCGGCCCCUACCGAUGCAAGCGGCGGCUGGCGGCCGUCAAAGCCCUCCAAAUAUCUGACAGAGACAGAGACACAGUCCCUUUCUCCCGCCGGCAUUUCGCGUUGUGUGUCUCCAGACACCUCAGGAGAUAGCUGGGGGAGCUGUCAUGUGUGGCAAAGAGCAUGAAACUGAGGCUGUUCCAGAACUUAGAGGCCUCGUCCAGACCCGGUGUCUGAAACGAAUCAGAGAGAACAGAGACACGACAGCAGUCGAUUCGUGUGGUCACUUGCUGACAAACCUUCUUGAGUCGCUUGGUUGCCCGCUGCUGUAGGUCAGGAUCAUAUGGAUUGGCCUUCGCCUCGAGCAGAUCGGCCAUAGUUGAGAAGAAAUACUCGGCCGGAAAAGCAGAGAACAUAGGAUGGCCGUACACCUGAGACAAGAAGGGAGAGAUUGAGAGCCGUGUCUUUCCCGACUUUCAUUUCCGACCACGCUGUAGUGAAGGGCUUCGGCUAUGCACGGCCACCUGACCAGGAGUUCCGCCAUCUGCCGUGUCGAGCCUGCAAUUCACUCGUUUGUGGGCCGUGUGUGGAGGCCGAGGAGUCUGCCCGCCGGAACUCUCGCACGGCGCGGAAUGAGGCUCAUUGUCCCUUCGCGGGGGAGCCCUGGCAUGCCGCCAUCUUGGAGCUAGAGAGGGAGUGGGGGUGGCCUCCCUCCUCGUGGGAAGG